UAUUUCAACAGCAGCAACAGUAAGUCAGCCAUCUCGGUAGCUUGCUAGACAAACUAGCCGAAACAAUAAAGCUCUUUAGACGCUUUAGUGUUUAUUGGCCACUUCUGUCGUCUAGUUAGUUUUCCGUUUUAAUUUCAUAUUUACGGUGUUGUUGUUAUUAUUCAGCUAGCGGGCUGGUUAAGUUAGCAAUAGCCGAGCUAGCUAACAUCCCCGACCAUGAGUUCACUAAACUACUCUCCUUCAGUUAAAGAAGAUGCGGUCUGCUGGACGGAGAAAGCAUCUCUCGUUAAAGAGGAGAAGGAAGAGGAGGAUAUCACAGUAAAACAAGAAUUAGAGGGUGAGGCUGUUAAAGUGAAAGAAGAGAAAGACGCGUUCAGAGUGAAAGAAGAGGAUGUUACAGUAAAAGAGGAAGAAAAGUAUUUCAGAGUGAAGGAGGAGGAGGAUGAUGCAUUUUUUGGAGUGAAAGAGGAAGAGAGGGGGACUGUCACAUUGAAAAAGGAAGAAGAGGAGGAAACUGGAUAUCUGGGCCCGGUUUCCCAGGGGCAUCUUAAGGCAUCCAGUGUCUCUAACGAUGAACGUGCCCUGGUUAACACGAGAGAGAGACAGAACUACCGUGGAUCCUCUGGGGAGCCUCAACAACAUCAUGAUGUUGACAGGUUAGAAAAGAGUCUCUCCACACCUCAAGAAACACCGGUGUAGAUCUACAAGGAAGAGAUCUCACUGCUGUUCUGAUUGUGGGAAAUGUUUAAAAUCUUCAUCAGAACUUAAAAUACACCUGAGAAAUCACAGGGGAGAGAAACCUUACUGCUGUUCUCACUGUGGGAAGGGUUUUACUCUGUCAACCCGCCUGAAAUCACACCAGAGAACAUACAGGAGAGAAUCCUUAUAGCUGUGAUCAAUGUGGGAACAUUUGUACUAGUUCUAGCGAUCUUGUUGUACACCAGAGAACACACACCGGAGUGAAAUCUUAUAGCUGUGAUCACUGUGGGAAGAGUUUUACUACAUCUAGCUGACUAUACACCAGCGGAGACACACAGGAGAGAACCCCUUUAGCUGUGUUCAAUGUGGGAAGAGAUACUCUGAUAAAAGUUAUCUGAUCAAACAGCAGAAAAUACAUGAAGGAGUUGUUUCAUGAUAUCAAUGAAUUAAUGUCACAAUGUAGAAUGUUUUAACAUUGUAGAAGGAGUAUUUUAAUGAUGUCACAAUGUAGAACCCUAAAUGUUUGCCCCCUGUUCUAUUGAUUUCAGCAUGAUAUGGAUAUUAGCCUCAGGGGGAUAAUCCAGGCUCUGAAAUGGAAGAGUACUAUUUAUGUGAUUUAACAAAAAGUGACUAACACAAAAAGAGCUGUGUUACACUUACCACGUUGGUGACCCACUUGAAUCAAAAUGCAACACAUCAAAAUGUAGCUAGCUUUUCACCACAUUGGUGACCCACUUGAAUCAAAAUGCAACACUUCAAAAUAUAGCUAGCUGUUUUCUACAAGUUGUUCUCUAACCAGUGAUAUACACAUUAUUCCCAGAUUCUGUGUGGUUUCUGAGCUGUUAGUUUUAACAGGACAUGCAACCUCAUCUCCCUCCUUUCGCACAGUUGAUUUCAACAUGAUAUCGAUGAGUGAUGACAAAUAAGUGUUGUGUUCCUUUGUUUAGCGACCCCUAAAUUUAAAUGCAUCACUCCAAAAUGUAGCUGACUGCCUUCUGCAGGUUGUCCUCUAACCAGUGAGGUGAAAUAUAUCUCCCAUUUCCAUUUGUUUUUUUAGUUGUGUUCGUUUCAACAUCACAUGCAACCGGAUUUCCCCCCUAAUCGAUAUCAGUGAUUUAUUGCAACUUGUCAAAACAACAGCGUUUCUGGUGCUUGUGCAGUUCAUUAAGGUGCUUGUUUAAGAAAAAAAUCAAGUAAUAUGAUUAUUGUGGCAGAUGUUUGUGUAUAUAGCACAUUUUAUGUUUAGGCUUUCAAUAUACCACAAACUGUUUCUGCAUAUUGGUUAUUGAGAAUGGAAUUUAUAUGUUUAAGGUAUUGACUAAAGGAUUCCGCCCUGAAACGUAUAACUGUGUAAAGAAUUAAUAGACUGUAAUUCUCUAAUGUGUGUGCAUAGGACAAAUUAAGAUUUUACUAUUUAGCAAUUCAAGUGAGACAUUCAAGGAGAAGAGGAACUGUUAACAGACAGCUUGUGACAGACAACUUGUGACCACUGUGAAACUGAUAACAGGAAGGAGGUCUCCCAACCCAGGGAGGGGAGAAACCGUUAGGCUUGCAGUAGAUUAUGUAACAUGUUGCAGGAUAUGAUAAGCGAUGUAUGUGUUGGAGAAGACUUGUGAACAGCAUUGACCGUGUUUGCGAAGAGGGGCAUUUAUAUGACCAAAUGUGAGGUCUAAAAGGCUAUGUGCUUUGUAUGAUUUUCAGAGCUCUCUGAAUAAAGAACUUAACCUUUUG